AUCAUUUGUUUGAACGCGCUAAUCUGAGGAACUACCUACUGGUUCGAAUUAAAAAAAUAUUUUUGUGUUGAAUAGACCAUUUCUCGAGGAAGGCUUUAGGCUAUAUAACAUCACGCUGCAACUAUUAGGUGCAAAGAAAUAAUGGAAAAUGUGAAAAAAAACGGGGUAAAUUAUUCAUCCUUGAGGGCUUCAAUGAUGCCCGAAAUAACUAUUCUACGCGGACGAAGUCGCGGGCACAGCUAGUUACAUAUAUGUAUGUAUGUAUACAGUAGUUAUCCGCAAAAAAGUCAGAUGGAGCUUGGUUUCUAGGUUUUUUACGCUUAAACUUAUGUGAUUAUCAAAUAAAACAUCAUAAGUAUUUGUCGUAAAGAAAUUCAUAAUUGUAGCUCACGACCUUUCACAAUAUUAAUAUGAUAUACCUACCUUUUUCAUCCCUAAAAAUCAUCCUCAGACUUCACCGUUUAUCCAUUCAUUCUAAAAUUUUGAAAAUGCCAGACAAAAUGUCAUGUUGACAAAAAAUUAUAAGGAACAGUAAUUUUUUUUAAAUAAAUUUAAAUUAACAAUAUAAAAAUUGUAAAACGUGUACAUAAAAACGAAACAAUGUUCAAUUGCUUGCCUUUUAUGAUUUUGUGUCCGACAUUAAAAUUUUUCUGCUUUUUCCUACCCAUUGGUACAGUGUUGGGAAUGAUAGGUGCCUACUUGGGAGGGUUGUUUACAUAUUAUGAUGAAGUCGCCUAUGUGAAACUAAACAUGCUUGUUAACACCACGUCUCUUCGGUAACCAAGUGUUUCCUUGGUAACGGAAAAUACGCUGAUCUUGGUGCCAAUCUCCGCAAUGGCUACGGACGAAGAAAAAACUAAGAUUUCUAAGCUUUUGCAGUCCAUAGAGGUACCGGAAGUAAAACUAACAGAAAGGUGCUCAGAACUUAUUAAAGAGUUUCAUAAUAAAUUUGAUAAAGACAUCGAUGAUGAAGAAGCAAACGAGUCUAUUACUAAAGACAUUGAAGUCAAUCCAUACAAGGUGGAUAAACAUUUGAUAGAAGAUAUUGAUAAAAAGUUGUUACAGCUACUUUCUGAAAAUAAAAAAGCGAAAAAAGAAAACUCUGACAGUGUUAUCCUUACUGGACCUGACCCAAAGAGACCUUGGCGCACAAAUUCUAGCAAAGAGAAACUAUUACGCAUUGAUAGUGAACUCAAGCGACACCAUGAAAAAUCUUUAGAUAUGAUCAUACCGAUGCCUGAAAGUGAAAUGAAAGAGUUAGUGAGUGAAUGUCAAGAAGAAACUCUCACGGCACCCCCUGUUGGAGCAGAGCGGCUUCGAGACACAGUAGAGGCUGCAAUGAAAUACUUGCCCAAUUUUCAAUACAAAAGAAUUGAUAAUUCUACAGCUACUUCAAUAAUGGCUGAAUCACAUGUAAUAACAAAUGUGAAACCUGAAACAAAGAACCUAUCAGCCGUAGAUGUUGUUGUAAUCGAAGAAAUGCCUGCGGUAGUAGUAACACCGGCAGCUAGUUCUAGUAAAUAAAUUGACGUCACAUCAAGUCACGCUGAAUAAAAUGAUUUGUUUGUGUCAAUUUGUGGUUUAAUGAAAUUUUAGUCAAUACAAUAAGAAACCAGAUAUAAGGACUCAAUCGUGAAUGGAGAAAUCAAAUGGGCAUCGCUUCUUAUAGAAGAAACAUAAGUAACCCUAAUAUAGGCCCGUGGACAUAGACGCACCCCAGGCUCAUGCAGAGAGGUCGCACGUAACCGAGUAAUCUCUGUUGCGAGGCUCUUUAAUAUAAAAAGUAAUAAUAGUAUAAACAUCAAUAUUACUACCUAAAUUAAUUUUAAAAAAAAUUCUUUUUUUUCGUGUUUACUCGGAUAUUUUUUCUUUCGUCGAGACGUCGAGGCCUUCUGCACCGCUAGGACGAAUGCGGUAGCCCACACCGCCUACACCUUACGACGCCUGCAUAUUUUCGCUAGAUCAAAAUAUUGUUGUUAUACUUUUCGUAACGGAAGGAUAUCCCCGAAAUUGUCCCAAGUACCUUACACCCUGUAAGGUGAACUAAAAUACCAAGGGACUAUCGUAGAUCAACCAUUUCAAAUGGUACUUCAAAUAUUCUAAGUAUAUCUAUAGUACUUUCUAGGCAGUGGUGCAUACAUUCCCCGCCCGGACACUAAGCAAUGCUUCCUCCGAAGUCUGGGUGAGCUGCGAAAUCUAAGGUUGUUAGCU